UUUUUGUUGGAAGCGGCUGUUCCUUUGUUAAUUCAGAAUAAGAAAAUAUUUUAAAAUGAAUGUUGAAGUUGCAAUUUAUCAUGAGAUUAUUGAAGCUAUUGUUGACCCGGAAGUGUUGUUAAUAGAUGUUAGAGAUCCUCAGGAAAUUGCUGCAACUGGAUCUAUUCCAACAUCAAUAAAUAUUCCACUUGCAAAAAUUCCACAGGAAUUAAAACUCUCGAGACUUGCUUUUGUUGCAAAAUAUCAACGCAAUAAGCCUAGCUUGUCCCAUAAAUUAAUUUUCUACUGCAAGUUUGGUGAUCUCUCUCAAACAGCAGCCGAAGAAGCCGUAAACAUUGGAUACAAAAAUGUACGUAACUAUAAAGCAGGAUAUUCUGAAUGGACAUUUAAGUGGAAAGAGUGGGACGAUUAUGUAGAUCCUGAGAAAUUUAAGCAACAAGAGAGAUAUAAAGAAUUGUAAAUUGCAUCCUAUUUAUCCGAGAAAUGUUCAUUUUUAACUCUUUUGUUCCAUCUUUUGUUAUUGCUCACAUUGUAUCGUUUUAGCUUGUAACUGUUUUUAAGGUUUAGUUAUGUUUCUCUGGAGAUGUGGAUUCUGUUAUUUUCAAAGCAAUAAUUCUGAAGACAAAAACCAAUUUAAGUCUCUCUCUCCCUGCAUCUCUGUAUUAUUAGAUUCACAUCAGUUAUCAUCUUUAUUUUUAUUGUUUUUUUUAAACUCAAUGGAAGUUAUUUAACGCAAUAAACCAAAGGAAUUGUAAUUGUCUUGUAAUGCAGUGUUAUGUAUUGAAUAAAUAACAAAAAGUAUUCGCUGGAAUCAUGAAACUUAAU